UGAAGGUCAAUUCGAGUCGAAGGACGAUUCGAUACCAGUAUCAGGCCCUGAGGCAGUUGAUACCGCGGUGUGCCAACUACCACUCGAACAAGGCAACUGUCUGGCGAACUUUCAGCGAUGGGGAUUCGAUGCUAGUCGAGGACGAUGUGUGCAAUUCACCUACGGUGGUUGUGGUGGCAAUGCCAACAACUUCGAAUCGAAGGAAGCCUGUGAGCAACGAUGCCUCGGCCAAGUAAUGAUAUGUUGCUGCAAUGCGACGCGUUACUGUCUACGCAUCAGCUCAUUGAAAGGUUUGCGUUGGUUUCGCGAUGGCUGUUUUAUACCUGAGUGCCUUCUUCCCACACCAGCCAAUAUACCGAUGCCAAUACCUGCCGCAAACGACGGGACUUUGGAUCCAGUGUGCAAGUUGCCCAAGGAAGUUGGCCCAUGUCGCGCAGCCGUUCGCCGAUGGACCUAUGACCUCUCGAAGGGUCAAUGUGUUGAAUUCACCUACGGCGGGUGC